AUGGAGGCGAUGCAGGGACUGGUGGAGAGACUGGAACGGGCAGUCGGCCGGCUGGAGUUGCUGCCUGCGGUGUCACACCGGCCCCCUGGGGACUGUGGAGAAAUUAACGGUGUCAGUGGAGGUGUGGCCCCCUCGGUGGAAGCCUUUGAUAAGCUGAUGAACAGCACGGUGGCCGAGUUUUUAAAGAAGAGCAGGAUCCUUGCUGGUGACGUGGAGACUCAUGCAGAAAUGGUGCACAGCGCUUUCCAGGCCCAGCGAGCUUUCCUCCUGAUGGCCUCUCAGUACCAACAACCCCCAGAGAAUGACGUGGCUGCGCUUCUGAAACCAAUAUCGGAAAAGAUUCAGGAAAUCCAAACCUUCCGAGAGAGGAACCGGGGCAGCACAAUGUUUAACCAUCUCUCUGCCGUCAGCGAAAGCAUCCCGGCCCUGGGGUGGAUAGCUGUGUCCCCCAAACCCGGCCCUUAUGUCAAGGAGAUGAAUGAUGCCGCCACCUUUUACACUAACAGGGUGUUAAAGGACUACAAACACAGCGAUUUACGCCAUGUGGAUUGGGUGAAGUCAUAUUUGAACAUCUGGAGUGAGCUUCAAGCAUACAUCAAGGAAUACCACACCACAGGCCUUACUUGGAGCAAAACAGGUCCAGUGGCCUCAGCCGCAACCAUGUUGUCUGCCCUCUCCCCUGGGCCUGGCCUUCCUCCACCUCCUCCUCCUCCACCUCCUCCAGGGCCACCUCCACUUUUUGAGAAUGAAGGCAGCAAAGAGCAAUCCUCCCCUUCACGCUCAGCUUUAUUUGCACAACUAAACCAAGGAGAGGCAAUUACUAAAGGGCUUAGGCAUGUCACAGAUUCGCAGAAGACAUACAAGAAUCCCAGCCUGCGAACUCAAGGAGGACAAACUCCAUCUCCCACCAAAAGCCACUCUCCGGGCCCCAAGGCUUCCCAGUCACGUCCUCUUCAGAAACAUGCGCCUGUGUUCGAGCUGGAAGGGAAGAAGUGGAGAGUGGAGUACCAAGAGGACAGGAGUGACCUUGUGAUCUCAGAGACUGAACUGAAACAAGUGGCUUACAUUUUCAAGUGCGACAAGUCUACCCUACAGAUAAAAGGGAAAAUAAAUUCCAUUACAAUCGACAACUGUAAGAAGUUUGGCCUGGUGUUUGACAAUGUGGUGGGCAUUGUGGAAGUGAUCAACUCUAAGGAUAUUCAAAUGCAGGUCAUGGGAAGAGUGCCAACCAUUUCCAUUAAUAAGACAGAAGGCUGCCACAUAUACCUCAGUGAGGAUGCAUUAGACUGUGAGAUAGUGAGUGCCAAGUCAUCCGAAAUGAAUAUACUUAUCCCUCAGGAUGGUGAUUAUAGAGAAUUCCCUAUUCCUGAACAAUUCAAGACUGCAUGGGAUGGAUCCAAGUUGGUCACUGAACCUGCAGAAAUUAUGGGCUAA